ACUCAAGAGUCCCGCUGACUGAUGUGCAAAAGGACCUUGUACACAAUAGCACCGGUAUCGCAAAAGACACUAUGCCGGCCACUUCUGCUCCUUUGACGCCAGGGUUAGCGUCGUUUCUCAAGUCUCUGAAGACCAAUCCCAUCGAUACUUCUAUUGAUAAUCUGAUCUCACUUCUCAAACGAAGACAGAUCCGACACUCUAGAUCAUGCGCAACUGCCACUGCUUACCUUUUGCGCAGCGUCAUAUCCGCGUGUAGGACGAGCGAUGCCUCAAAACUCAUCGAGCGCGUGCAGAGCGUGGGAAGACGGCUGAUAGCCGCACAGCCCAGGGAGAUGGUAGUCGGGAACAUUGUUCGGCGUGUGCUAGGGUUGAUCCGUGACGAGGCAGAGGAUGACAGAGACGGGGAUUUUACCUUGAGCGAUGCGGGUUCCGAAAGCCAACCGCAGACACCUCGUGCUGGAGAUGAACCGUCCGAGUUCCAUGGCUCCGACAGAGGUGCCUCAAAACCUAUAUCUUCGCUAGCCACCCAUCCCGUUUCUAUGUUCAGUCUGCUCUCUCAUCCAGAACCCGAAACGUCACUACCGGGUACGCCAGCAACCGGCUCACCAUCCGGACGCCUGCCCGGGCACACCCAGAAUAAGGAUAUCCGCGCCGAAGUCCUGGAUGGUAUCAACGAGAUCAUUGAUGAAUUGGGACAGGUGGAUGAUCAGAUUGCUGCCUAUGCGCUCGACCACAUUCACUCUAACGAAAUCAUCCUCACACAUACUUCGUCGACGACUGUACAGAAAUUCCUCCUCAAGGCCGCCGCGAAGCGGAAGUUCACCGUCAUCCAUGCUGAAUCAUACCCUAAUAACCAUGAAGCAACCCAUGCCACUGUCAGUGGUGCUGCCUCCAACGACGAUGAGAUCCUCAGCACCGAAUCGUUCCAAAAGCCCUUGAUCGCUCACGGCAUCACGGUGAUUCUCAUACCUGACUCCGCUGUUUUCGCCCUUAUGUCUCGUGUGAACAAGGUCAUCCUCGGUACACAUUCCGUCCUCGCCAACGGCGGUCUCGUUGCUGCAGCAGGCACCCGUGUCAUUGCCCGAGCAGCCAAGGUGCACCAAACGCCAUGUGUGGUUGUUAGCGGUGUAUACAAGCUCAGCCCGGUGUACCCUUUCGAUUUCGAAUCUUUAAUCGAGUACGGCGACUCAAGCAAAGUCAUUGACUACGAAGAUGGCGACCUGGUAGACCAGAUUGACGUGCAAAAUCCGUUAUAUGAUUAUGUUCCCGCGGAAUUAGUUGACCUUUAUAUCACGAACUUGGGCGGACACGCGCCGUCAUACUUAUACCGUAUCGUGUCUGACCACUACCGGAAGGAGGAUAUCAGCUUUUAGUAAAAUCACUAUAGGCUACGCUGAAAAUAAGGAUUAAAAGCGUUU